UCCUCUGUCUGGUGUCUCCUCCUCUUCUCGUACGGGACCAGGCCGCAGACUGCAGUCUCCUCGCCCGGAAAGAUGAUGCCGAGCCGGUUCGUGGUUCUGUCAUGGGUGCUGCUGGUCAGCGUGUCCGGGGAGAUGGGGGAACUGCAGCAGGAGGAGGACGACGACCCCCACAACAAGCACCUCUAUUCCGCCGACAUGUUCAGCCAUGCGAUCAGCCAGGCGCCGCACUUCAUCAUGUUCUUCGCUCCCUGGUGUGGGCACUGCCAGCGUCUGCAGCAAACCUGGAAUGAACUGGGAGAUAAGUACAACAACAUGGAGAAGACUCCGCUUUAUGUUGCCAAGGUGGACUGUACCGUGGAAAGCAAGAUCUGCUCAGAUAACGGUGUCCGUGGCUAUCCCACUCUAAAACUGUUUAAACCGGGUCAAGAAGCUGUGAAGUACCAGGGAGCAAGAGAUUUCCAGACUCUGGAGAACUGGAUGCUCCAGACUGUAAAUGAGGAGCCAGAAGAAGAACCAAACGUUGAACAAGAAGCUCCCAAACCUCCAGAAGCUAAGCAGGGCCUUUAUGAGCUUGCCUCAUCUAACUUCAAGGAUCAUGUAGCACAAGGAAACCAUUUCAUCAAAUUCUUUGCUCCUUGGUGUGGACACUGCAAAUCCUUGGCCCCUGCAUGGGAACAGCUGGCAUCAUCAUAUCAGGAUUCUGAUGCUGUCCAGAUUGCUAAGGUGGACUGUACCCAGCAUAGUGACCUGUGCUCUGACAAUCAAGUCCGCGGCUAUCCAACUUUGCUGUGGUUUAGAAAUGGGGAAAAAGUGGAUCAAUACAAGGGAAAGAGAGACUUGGAUUCCAUGAAAGAAUAUGCCGAAAGUCAACUGAAAACUGUGGACGGAAAGGAAGCUGAUAUCCCAGCACAGACUGAAGAGCCAGCAGCCGCAGAGUCCAAAGUCCUGUCUCUUACUGAAAGUGACUUUGACCAGACUGUCGCCACAGGCGUUACUUUCAUUAAAUUCUAUGCACCGUGGUGCGGACACUGUAAACAUCUUGCCCCUAUAUGGGAGGAUCUUUCUAAAAAGGACUUUCCGGGUUUGAGUGAUGUGAAGAUCGCCAAAGUUGACUGCACUGCAGAAAGAUCCCUGUGUAAUAGAUUCUCAGUACGUGGAUAUCCAUCUUUAUUACUUUUCCGUGCUGGGGACAAAAUUGGGGAACAUGAAGGAGCCAGAGACCUGGACACAUUACAAAGCUUUGUCCUGCGCCACUCCAGAGAUGAACUAUAAAUCUGUCCUAAACCCUAUGGGUUUGUGCUAAUUUAUGGGCCAAAUGAUAACUGAAUUAUUUACAUGCAGUACUAUAUGGCUAGGGCUCCAUAGUGGCAUAAGAUGGCCUGCAACUCCUAACAUGUGUGAACUUUGUGACACGUGACACCAUGUAGCCCUAUGCCUGUAUUGACAGUUUGUCUUCUCAGUGUUUUGUGCAACAGGCCCUAUCCUGAAGAAGGAGGCCCUUUAAAACUUGUCUUUCAGAAGUUCCACAAAGACACCUCAGGAUGGACGUUUUACCACUAGUUGUUGGUUUAUACACCUUUUUGUGCACCAGUUUUUUACCAUUAUGAUAAUAUUUCUUCCCAUUGUUAAAUCAGAUGUGAAGUGCCUUACUUCCUAGGUGGGUGAGGGAUACUGGGUAUGUGAUUCCCUCCUCUUGUCUCCUUAAUCGUGUAGCAAAUGCAGUAUGGUUUCCAUUAUAUACAAAUGUGACACUGUUUUUUGAUUUCCAGCAAGGGGAUGGGGGCGGAUUAAAUGAUGUCUUGUGUACUGUUCAUCCCAGCUGCUGCACCAAUAAAAGUGGCUAUAAUGGACAAAA